CAUGCAUCGACUGUACUGGGCUGGGGGCUGGGUUGCUGUGCUCCGAGUGCUGAUGUGAUGUCGACCUAGCCUAGUAUGGAGUACACCGCCUGACAUGAGUACAAUUAGUACUCUACGAACGUGUAACCCGACAAUUAGUUAACGUGUUACUAUGUUUUAAAAGUUAUCCGAUUUCAAAUUAAAGUGAUUUUUAAAUAUGACGAUUGUCUUCCUAGUUCCAAGGCAACUGGUGUAGACGUAAGAAAUCGUCAUGUCGCGUAUAGUUAUAUGCGAUUAUAUUUGUUUAUAAAUGUAUCGAUGACGUGCGAAUUAUAUUUUUAAAAGUUAAUAAUGCCGUUCAGUUCCUAUUAAGAAUGGCAAAUUUAAUUAAAAUAUGUCAAAGUUAGUGGCUGUGAAUGAAACUGUAUAAUUUUAGUACAGGCAAAUCAAUUCGUGCACACACGAAGGAUGAGUAGUAGUGGCAGUAUACUAGCCAAUGGAGGAGGUUUGGAAGCGUUAUUAAAAGCAGCAAAAUUCGUUGAGGAGCAGGAAAAACAAAAAUUAAGAAGACAAUCUACUGUAAUCAGGCCUAAUGAAGAUGUGGUGGAAGGGCCGAGAUGUGAAGCAUUAAUAGCUGUUUGUCACAAUGGAGUCCACCCCCUCAACACCUCAAGCCGUGUUCCCACUCCUCCUCUACCUAGGCACGGGUCCAUCAUCCGAGAGGUUCACAACAAGCUGGAGAAAAAUCGCCGAGCCCAUCUCAAGGAGUGUUUUGAAACCCUCAAAAAGCAGUUGCCUUCAUCACCAGAUGAGAAGAAGACUUCAAAUCUCAGUAUUCUCCACAACGCUAUACGAUACAUAGCUGUGUUAAAGCGGAAAGAAAGAGAAUAUGAACAUGAGAUGGAAAAGCUUGCACGGGAGAAGAUUGCACAUCAACAAAAAUUGGUGACUCUCAAGAAAGAGCUGAGUGCACAGUGGGAACACAUUGACUUCAACACUCUACUCCCUGAGGUGGUGGAACCUGAGCCUAGGAGGAUUAGUGACUUGAUGAAUGGACGGGCAGCGGAGACAGGCAGUGAUGAGGACUUGGUCCGUACCAGCACACUGUACAGUAGCACUUCAAGUCUUUCCAGCGCCUCACCCCUCCACUCCGACUCUGUUACUCACCUUACUCAACAGGUGGUGAACAGUCCUGGACCUCCAAGCCUAUUGAUGAGUCCGAUUCCACAGUUGCUGCCAUCUACAACCAUCCGAAUGUUGCCCGCUGAUACACACUUUGUACAUUCUCACAUACCCACCACAGGCAUUGCAAUCCAGAAUGGAGUUCUCAACCAUAGCACGGUAACUCUCGCCACCAAACAUCCAGUCAGCACAGGUGAUGACGGGUCCAGUGUUGAAGAGCAUCAGUCAGGUGCCUCAGUUCCUGGUCAAGCCUGCCAUGGUGGUAGUCAGUGCGGCCGCAAACACUCCCAAUUGAUCAUAACCGGAUUCCAAAUAUUUAUAUUGUAUUAUUUAUUAAGCAGAGAGUCUAUGUACAUAAUAACUCCUAGAGUUUUAUAUGUCAUUGCGUCAAAUCUAGUUUUGAGGGUAUUUUUUAAUGUUUUACCCGUUAUAAUUGUUGUUAAUUGUAUUGUUGCAUGUCGAGGGUCCUGACUUACGAGAGGAACUGUGUCCAUUUUGUCUUUUUAUUACCCGUCCAAAUAUUUUAUUUUAUACUUUUGCUGUUAAACAGUUUUAUAAUAAGUCUGAAAUUUUACCUUAGGUAUUUGUAUAUUUAAAUUUAUGAAUAAUUUAUUACCGUGUAUUACUCGAAGUAAUUGAUGUACAGUGAGUGUGAAUGAGGAAAGGAGAGUGCGUGUGUGCAAUAAAGAGUGCGUAAUCUGUACAUAGUGUAAUUUAAUGCGUUUGUUUGGUGUUGUGUAGAUGGUCUGGACAAUCACAAGUGGCGCCUUACACGUGGUUUCAUGUUUGCUCAAUUUUCAUCUGUUUGUUUCAGUAAUAUUAGCACAGUAAGGGACUGAAAUAAGUCAUUCACUACAGUACAAUUGAAUUUAACUAACAGUUUAUUAUCUUCUAAAAAUCGGUUUUAAGAAUUACUAGGACUUUGGAUUGGAAUGCUAAGUGCGCAUCAUUCUACAUUGUUAUCGGUUUUUCCAAUAAUUUUAUUAUUGAAAUUUCAAAUAAAAAUGUUAUUAUUAAUCAUUAUAAUUUACUAAUUUUUGUGAUUAUUCAUGCCUCUUGGUAUUACCCAAGAAAGCUUAUAAUAUAUUUACAAAAUUUCAAGAAAUGACGCUGUUGAUAAAAAUAAGAAAAUGUAUUUUCCUGGUGAAACCAACACUCUUAUUAACUCUAAGAUUUAAGAGCUUUGAAUUGAAGUAAAAUUAAAACAAAUUGGAAGGAGACCAACAAUAUUGUUUUAUUUAUAAAUAGAUUAUUUUAGCUAGCUGCAGAAAUAUACACAUUGAAUGAUAAUAUUUCACAGUUGAAAACGUUCUUUUCAGAGCUAGGGAGAGUUCUUUAACAUGUGAGCACACACAUUGUCAAUGUGUUUUAAAACUAAUAACAAUGACUACGUACCUUGGUGAAACAGUUCAAAAUGUAGUCAUACACUGCUACAGUUUCAACUUUUAAUAAGUCAUAUUCUGGUGUCGGUGUCAAUAAAUAUUAAAAGCUAGGAUAAUUAAUCUGGAGUCGUUAUAGUUUAAAAUUCACGAACACGAGGAAUAAAUAAAUAAUGCGAGAAACACAACAUUUGAUAAGUCUAUCACACACGAAUAUUAAAUAUGAUAAACAUCAUGGCCGCCAGAAGACAGGACAACUGACACUAGGUAAUUCUAGUUCCUGGUGCAUCAAAGUUAUCAGCUGAUCAGUCGGUUGGCGAGACACUGUUGCGAUGGAGUAAUGUGUUGAACAAAAAUGUUUUUAAAAGUAAAAUAUUUUCACGUCAUCAGCAAAAAUUCACAGAGACCCAGCAAUUUGCUAAUGGUGCAUGCUGCGGCGUAGCUAAAUGAACCUACGACUUUGCAAGAUGUUGGGAUAAAAUUUAUGACAAAAUUAUAAGGAUAUUACUCAAGAAUAUCACAUUUAUUGAGGUAAGAUACCAAACAGUACUUAAAAAUAUAAUUAUAUUAAAAAGAUUUAUGUUAUCGGGGUGAGAGACAAUCUAACAAGAUGUGAGGAAAUUACUGCAAUGCGUGCCAUUACGGAAAUAAAUAAGUGGAUGUGCUUGCAUGUUAAAGAACUAAUAAAUUCGAAAUUCAUAUACAAAAACUUGGCAUUUUGGGAAGUAUAUAAAAAAAAAACAUUGUUUUUUACUAAUAGGACCCCAUAAACAAGUUUAGGAAUAUUGUAUUAAACAAUACAAUAUUACAUUGUAAUGGGCUUAAUAAGAAUACUCUGUUAAUUGCAAACAAGGUACUUAAAGAAGUAGAAUCUUGAAAUACUGAACUCAUUUGGAUUUUGAAAUUAGAUCAAUACUGAUGUCUAAUAUUAAUGUUACAAAAAUUAUACUAAGAAAUUAACCUAUAAUAGUAUUACAUGAAGAGUUCAGUUCUGCAUUAAUUGCCUGUGAUUAUCGAACUAAAAUCAUUAACUCUGGGUUAUUCUAAAACCAUUUUAAAACUUUUGUAUCAGCAAUAGUGAUUAUACCCCAUAGAUAUUUCUUUGUUCCUGAAAUUCCAAAUUGUGUCUUCUGUAACUCUAAUCACAAUUAUUUCCUUUGAAGUCCCUGUUUUAUUUGCUUCAUCUUGCAACAGUUUUGGUGUACACAGCUGUUAAAUCCACAGAAACUAGGUGUCUUAAUAAUUCUUCUUUUCCGAACCUAUGCAUGAAAUACUUGGGCAUUAAUGGUCACAUAAUGAAAACCAAACAAAGCUAUAAUAAAAAAUAAAGAAUUUAGAAAUUUAAUGUAAGUCGAUUAAAUUUAAGUAAUGCAAUUCAAUAUUUGAUUUGUUUUAAAUCUCAUUUUUGCAAAGUGAGCUAAUAAUUUAUAUAAUAAUUCUUCAUCUAACAUUGUAUAGAUUGUCGUUCUUUGUUAGGAAAGAGGUAUCAUGUAGUAGAUCAUGUAUAUAAUUUAUUUAAUGUACAUGACUCUUUGAUAAUACCAUAUUAUCCUACAUUGAACUCUUUAGAUAAGAGUAACAUCAAUCAGACAUUAAAAAGACAAUGUUUAUGUUUUAAAUUAAAAUAUAGCAAAAUUAAGUUUGGAUGAUUUUUGCUCUUAAUAAAUUAAUUAUGUCAAUCCACAAAUAGAUUUAACGUGAGUUUUUACUAUUUACUUUCUAGAAAUGAAUAAAAUAAUUUUAAGGUAAACAAAUAACGAUUUUAUUGGGUGUUUCUCUUUAAGGUUUAUAUUAAGAAAUGUAUUUUAGCAGACCAAUCAUCAUCAUCAGAGGUUAUAACUCAUUUUUAAAUCAGUAAAUUAUGAAUCAUUUUAUAAAUAUUUCAACUUGAACUUUGUAAGGGUAAAUUAAAUUUAACAUGCUGACUUAUUACCUAUUAUCUAGCUGUAUUAAUACAAGAGAGUGUAUUGAUUUUGUGAUAGUUAUAAAAUAAAAAUCAAUUGCUUAAUAUAACUAAUAGUAAAUUAAUUAAGCAUAGAAUUAAGUAACAUCAGAUGUAAUGUCAUAUUGAGCAAUAAUACUCCAUACUGUCAAGAAAAUACUGACAUAAAACUGUUUUCAAAUAAUUAACUUGUAGUACUUGAAAAUGUAAUAAUUUACCAUUAAAGUUGUAACUAUAAUUUGGGUGUAUAUUUAAAUAAGUAAGACUUAUGAAACUGCUUAGUGUAUAUAUUCAAGAGAAGAUUAUUUAUUUAAGAGUUUAAUUAAUUGUAUUUACGUGUGUAUAUACGAGAAAUGCAGAAACUACACAAGCUCAUUCUUUGUGUGUUCAUAAAAACAAGUUUGGAAACACAUUGUUAGUGAUUAAUGGCUAGCUAAAACUUUUGCUCAAAUCUUAACUCUUCCUAUGAGUCCUAAUUAGCAUAAAAUUAAAUAUGGAUGAAACUUAACAAUAAAAAUGUCUAUCCUUACCAUGAACAAAAAAUGUAUAACCUACACCAUAUAUGUUAUCCAUUUAUUUUGCCUCUUUGAUAGUGUCCCCAACUUUACAGUACAACCUUAUUUCAUGGUGAAAUCUUUUUCUGGUCAUAAUUCACAAAGAAGUCUUUUACGGAUUUGUUUGUUUGAACUCUUCUCUAUUUUCACAUGAAGAAUGAGCCCCUGAAAAUUCUGCAUUUCCCUGUAAAGCACCCUGUAUACAGGUUGCUCAUAAGAAAUCCCUUCAGUGAUUUUAUAAUAUUUAGUUAAAUAGAAAUAAAGAAAUUUUUAAGGUAUUUUCUGAAAUGCUUAGUUUAUCAUCCACCUGUAAUAUGUUUUUAAAACCAAAAUUUAUUGCAUCAACAGUAUUGGAACUUGUUUUGCGUAUCAUGUGUGCACUUAAUUACACAUGUUACAAAUUAUGUUUACUAAAACAGUAGUCUUUAAGCAUCUCAUUUUUCAUUACUUACUAGUUUAGUUAUUAAAUUAUAAAAUAUAUAAUAUAUAAUAUAUAUAUAUAUAUUAUUCUAUUUAUUUUACAGUUUUAAUUUACAGUUUUUUAUAUAUUGCACAUUUUAUGUAAUUGUAAAUUAAAACUGUAAAAUAAAUUGAAUUUUUCUUAUUUAAAAGUAACAGAAAUUAUAAAAUUUGAAUUACGCCUAAGACUAUAUUCUCUUAAACAUUUUUUGUCGUAAUUUUUGUUAUAAAUCCUAAAACAUCUUCUUGAACAAAUUGUAAAAAGAAUGGGGUGAUAAAAACAGAGUAACCCCAUUAGCAUCAGUGAUGACAUCUUUAAUACUAAUCACCAACGUGUGGAGACUUACAACAGUGAUGUUUUAAAGUGCUGUGUAAACCACAUUAUGUCUUUUAUUGACUUUAAAUUGUAAAAACACACAUACGUCAUCAGCAUUGUAUGAUGUAUGAUGUACAUACGUUUUAGGGACUUAAUUUUGCAUGAAUAGUCCCAAAAUUCUUGAAGGGUUUUUUUUAUGAACCUCUUUUAUAUGAAAAGAAUUACUUUAGUUUUGAAAGUAAGCUGUUAUAUUAUUUGUAAUAAAUCGUAUUGUUGUAAUCAAUCCUUGUUAAA